AUGGAGGCCGAUUGGGAUGAGGUAUCGCGGAUUGCGGUCCCUCCUCCGGGCCCGCAUGCCCUACCUACAGCUGCAACUGCCAUUGCAUUUGACGACAUUCAGGAACUGCUAUGGGCAGGCAAUGAAUAUGGACGAAUCACCUCCUUCUACGGCCCCGAGCUCCAAAGAUAUACCUCCGUGCGAGCCCAUCCGGUGUCAGAGGGCUCUGUACGACAGCUCCUCUUUCAUGAAAAGGGUGUCAUAUCUAUAUCGUCCAAAAGUGUGCAUAUGGUGACCCGCCGAGGACUCACACAAUGGCAUAUCACCCACACCGAUAUGCUCGACCUCCGCUGCAUUAGUUUCACCGCACAGACAAACCGAGUCAUUGUUGCAGGCUGCCAGACAUCCAUGUUCACUAUAGAUAUUGAUAAAGGGGUGAUAAUUGACAAGCUACCAACCGAGCACAACUACACCAUCAUGAAGAAGAGCCGAUAUCUCUGCGCUGCCACUGAUACCGGCUCGGUGAAUGCACUCAGCCUAGCAGAUUUUAAGAUAGUCAAGAGUUGGAAGGCUCAUGGAGCUGCAAUUAACGAUAUGGAUGCUCGGAACGAUUUUUUAGUCACCUGUGGCUUCUCCGUACGACAUCUGGGGGCUCCUAUCGUCGACCCUCUGGCAAAUGUAUAUGACCUGAAGACAUUGACACCACUACCUCCGAUUCCAUUUCAUGCCGGUGCGGCCUAUGUACGCAUGCACCCCCGACUUCACACAACCAGUUUUGUUGCCUCUCAAUCGGGGCAGCUGCAAGUGGUUGAUUUGAUGAACCCUAAUACCAUCAAUCUUCGCCAGGCAAAUGUUAACUUCAUGCUGGGUAUGGAAAUAUCUCCCUCAGGAGAGGCUUUGGCGAUUAAUGACGCCGAGUUCGCGAUCCAUCUUUGGGGAUCUCCAAGCAAGAUCCAUUUUAAUGAAAUGAGCAAAGAGACCGAAUUUGCCGACGUGGUACCUCAGUCACAAAUGGUUGAUUGGUCGCUGGACACGCCCUUGAAUGCAAUUGGGAUGCCAUAUUACCACGAUCGUCUAUUUUCAGCUUGGCCGAGUCAUCUCGUCUUUGAUUCUGGAAGUCCUCCUGCUCCAGUGGACCCUUCCAUUAUACCCUACCUUCGACCGGCAGAGCUAGGUCAUUUUGCCGCAAACCCUAAAAAGGGCCGCCGCUAUCAAGUUGAGAAUAUACGCCAGCUGGUUUCAGCCGAACCAGCUCUGGCAGCGCCAAAAUUUCUGAGUGAAAAGGCGCGCGAGUCACCUAGAAACAGGAGUGAUGGAGCUGUCGGGGACGUUUCAGACGCCCUUCAAAGUGCAAAAAUCGGCGGUGAAGUAGAGGAAGAUCCUCUGCUCAAAUAUAGUAACGUUGAAAUCAAAUACAGCAGAUUUGGGGUGGACGAUUUCGAUUUCAGGUACUAUAACAAGACCAUAUUCUCCGGGUUGGAGACUCAUAUAUCAAAUUCCUUCACCAAUUCCCUACUCCAAUUGUACAAGUUCAUUCCUCUAGUGCGAAACCUCGCAUUGAAUCAUGCUGCGAGCAGCUGUGUCAUUGAAGAAUGUCUUUUGUGCGAAAUGGGAUAUCUUUUUGACAUGCUGGAUAAAGCCAACGGGCAAAAUUGCCAGGCUACAAAUCUCCUCAAGACCUUUAGCGGUUAUCGCGAGGCUUCUAAACUCGGCCUGCUAGAAGAAAACCUUACGAACAAGGCCCUAUCAGCGGCCAUUCAAUCUGUCAAUCGGUUUGUGUUGAACCAAGUUGCCAAUGACCAUCGUGCCAUUAGCCCCGAGUCAGACGAACUUGAUCGAAACCUCGCCACAAUUGCAUCUGAAUCGAUUCGAUGCAUGUUCUGCCGAAACGAAAUCAUCCGACCAGGCAACGCCUUCGCUAAUGAGCUCAUCUACCAAGCCCCUGAUAUCAAACAAGCUCGGCGAAGCGCCUUGAUGAAAUUUUCUACCAUUCUGAAGACAAGUAUCGAACGGGAAACACAGAACCGAGGUUGGUGCAACCAUUGCAGACGCUACCAGCAAGUCGCAAUUCGGAGGACAGUGCAUCGCAUGCCUCCUGUGUUGAUGCUGAACACAGGGCCCACGAAUCAUUUCCGUCACCUUUGGGCUACUCCAGGAUGGCUACCCGAAGAAUUGGGCAUUGUUGUUGAAAACGGCCAGCUGCACACCUUUGAAGGCGACGACCUUCGCAAUCGCAUACAAAACAAAACCCCCGGGCUAACGGUGUACGAGCUAGUUGGGUUGGUGACCGAAAUUGACAUAACGGAACAUCAGAAACCACAUCUAGUCUCUUUUAUUAACGUCAGCGUAUCUUCCCGCCAAUGGGAAGAGAAAAAUAGAUGGCACCUUUUUAACGACUUUUUGGUCACAGAAGUGACCAAGGAGGAGGCACUGAGGUUUACGGAUACUUGGAAAAUACCUAGCGUGGUGGCAUAUCAAGUCAAGAGUGCAAGGCACAAGGUUGACGAUACGUGGAAAGAUAAACUGGAUACCACAUUGCUAUUCCACGAAUGGUCUAUGAACGGGGGCCAAAUCAUCGAUUCUUGCCACAUCCUCACACCGCAGGAACGGCCUCAAACAGGCACACCAGUUGCCCUCGACACUGAAUUCGUUGAUUUGGAAAAAGCCGAGAUUGACGUCAAAGCCGAUGGAUCUCAGGAAAUGAUUCGACCCAGCAAGAGCGGUCUCGCUCGAGUGUCGGUUUUGAGGGGCUCGGGAUUGCAUGAAGGAGUCCCUUUUAUUGACGACUAUAUAACCAUUAAAGAAACGAUUGUCGAUUAUGUGACCCAGUUCUCUGGUAUCAAGCCGGGAGAUUUGGAUCCUCGGACCAGCCAACACAACCUGGUACCUUUAAAGGUGGCCUACAAGAAGCUGUGGGUGUUACUGAACCUGGGUUGCAUCUUUGUCGGCCAUGGUCUGGCAUCGGACUUUCGCAAAAUCAACAUCCAAGUACCCAAGGCACAAACCGUGGACACACAGUACCUCUUCUUCCAUCCAGCCAAGAACCGUCGUUUGAGCUUGCGAUACCUCGCAUGGGCUGUAUUCAAAGAGUACAUCCAAGAAGAAACCCCCGACGUGACCGAAGGCCACGACUCAAUCGAAGACGCUCGCAUGGCUCUACGCCUCUGGAAGAAGUUCCAAGAAUACGAAGACGCAGGCAUCGUCAACCAGAUUCUUGAAGAGAUAUUUUCCCAGGGAUUCAAACUCAGCUUCCGCCCGCCUCAACGAAACGGCAACCCAGCUGUUGCGCUGAACCGUCCAGGUACAGCCGUCGCUGCCAAUAAUAACUCUACAAACGUCAGCGGACGCAACACGCCUGAUCUCUCGAGCAGCAAUGUGACUUCCUCAGCGGCUGGGAACAGUACUCCGUCUACUCCACGCCAGGCAUUUAGACGGGCGAAUGCAUUGACUCCUAGCAACGGGACCUUUGGUGCCCCUGGCCAGCCGGACUUUUUGGGCGGGAGUCCGUUGCGAUAG